GAACCCAACUAUCCUCAUAAACCUCACAUAAAUUUUAAGAGCAAAAAGCUUCCAACCUAUCUAAGAAAAUGUAAGAAAUAUUAUACCCUUUUUGAGCACGACCGACUCAUAAAGCAACGAUCAUGCUCCAUUUUCAGGUGCGUAGAGAAAAUACCCCUUUCAUUCUUUACCUCCACGUCAAGAGCUAGGGUUUCGACAGUUGCAGGGUGCUUGAAAACUACUGGCGUCCAAACGCGAUUUUUGUCCUCAUAUGAGUGCCAUUUGUUGGUGUGUAUAUUGGGGCUCCAGUUUUUCAAUUCCAAGAUUGUGGCCUCCGCAAUUACACGCGGAAGAUUGGUUUCAAAUUCGAAAGUGUCAUUUUGUAAGGGAUUGCCCAACGAAGAGAAGGAAGAAUGCUGCACAAUUAAAGCCAAAGAACCAACAUUUGGUCAUCUCAAAGAGGAUGAGUUCAAGCUUCUCUGCGAAUACUUUCUAUUACGGAGUUCCCAACCCGUAGCACCAGAGCCAUCUCAUGAACAGGAUCCUGACAAGGACUCAAAUAUGAUGACAGAACCUUCGCAUGCCUUGCAGGCACAUGUGUUGGACCUACCCUCAGCUAAGCCAUCUUUUGAUGAUGAUUUUAAGGGCAGAGAUGGAGUGGGAAUAGGUGGUGGAGGAAUGGGUGGAGGAUUAGGUUUUGAAGUGUCAAGGGCAAAAACACAUAUGGAGAUUGAGGACCAUUCAGAUGUCUCACCUGAAGAAGGGGCAAUACUCAUUCCUUGUGAUGAGCUUCCUGAAAAUUGGUACAAUGCUCCAGAUCUAGAUUCAAUUAACCGUUUGGACCGGGGCUUUGUUUUUCCAGGAGAACAAUUGCAUAUUUUGGUAUAUAUUUCAUCACAUGAUCAAGAAGCAGCAGAAAUUAUCACACCUUUCAAGGUUGCGGCAGUGAUGAGCAAAAAUGGUUUCUUUAAGCAGAAAGAUAGUAAAAAAACGGGUAAUCUUGUACCUGAAACACAAUCUGCUGCUUAUGGGGAAAACAUAGAUGAUGUUGGUACAGAGAAUGGAGGGGUUGGAGCUGCAGGAGAGAAUGUUGCAUCCACAUUAAAGAAUCAAUCAGAAAUUCAAGGGGACCUCUCUUUCAGUGCCUCUCUUCUUAAGAUAGAAGGCCACAAAAAGAGGAGUGCCAUAAUAUUGGAAAGUUUUAGAAACUCACAUUUUUUUGUUAGGAUAGCUAGACCGGAUGAACCACUUUGGCACAAAAGAAGUGUAACUGAUCCAUUUUCAGAAUCUUCUGAAUUUGUAGAUGGGAAGGAUUCAGCUGAUAGGUUGGAAGUGCCAAAGACAUCACAAAGGCAUAAUUGCAUACCUGCCAUAUUAGAGGGAGGCAAAUUCGAUCCCAGUUCAGCUGGUGGAGUGGCGAGAAAUGCAGUUCAAUGUUGCUCACUUUCCAAUGGAGAUGUUGUGGUAGAAUUGCAAGUCACAGUCGCUACCAAUAUCACUGAAGAUGUUAUACUUGAAGUUCUUCAAUUUGAGAAAUAUCAGAGCAGCAGUUUAGGCUUAACACCAAGUGUAGGUAGCAUGUCUUCUCAACUUCAUCAAGAAAAUGUCAAGGAUUUACAGGAUCCUUGCAAAGAACUCCUCCAGUGGUUGCUCCCUCUAGAUCGACCUCUACCUCCGCCUGUUCCUUUAUCUCCACCACCUUUAGCUAUAUCUAGUUCAUUUUCUGGAAACUCAAGUCAUCGCUCGCAUUCUUCUGCCUCUUCUGCAUCCAACUUUUUUUCUUUUGGACAUUAUCGGAGUAAUUCAACAAGCUCACUUCCACAGGGCAUCCAAUCUCCGGCACCUAGUCUUUCUCUUUCCAAUUCUAGCCCAAACUUUGAUCUUGAAAAUUGGGAUAGAUUGGCAUCACAAAAGAUUGUCAAAGCACAAGAAGUUGGCAGUGAGGGUCUCCUAUCUUUUCGAGGCGCAUCCCUAGAGCCCCAGAGGUUUUCUGUUCAUUGUGGGUUGGAAGGUCUCUAUGUACCUGGUAAAAGAUGGAGAAGAAAGCUUGAGAUAGUACAACCUGUUGAAGUGGAUUCUUAUUUUGCUGAUUGCAACUCAGAGGAUCUCAUUUGUGUUUUGAUCAAGAAUGUUGUUCCAGGACAUUUGGCAGAUGUCAUUAUUUUUGUGGAUUCUAUAAGCAUAAUUUGUGAGGCAGCAGCUUCAGGAAGUCCACCUGUAUCUGUACCAAUUUCCUGUAUUGAGGUUGGAGAUGAGCAUUCAUUGCCAGGCCUUCCACUCAGGAGAGGGGAACAGCAUUCUUUAAUUCUAAAAGCAACAACAUCAAUGUGGAAAAGUACAGGCAUUGGAAGGGAGAAAAAUCCUCCUGGUGCACAAGUACGUAACUCAAAUAUGCCUGUUAAUUCAGCAAGCAGUAGGAAUGCAUUUCCAAGAAACAGGGAUGUGAAAAGGGGAAGUGUAGAGAGUGAUCAGCAAGAAUCGGGCCAGUAUGCAAUUUUAGUGUCUUGCCGAUGCAGUCAUACAGAAUCUAAGAUUUAUUUUAAGCAUUCCACCCAAUGGCAACCUCGUACACCAAGAGAUCUUCUGAUAUCUGUUGAAUCUGAAAUGUCAACUGCCAUUAGAUCUGAUGGAUCAUUACCUCAACUUUCAGCACAGGUAUUAACACUUCAAGCAACAAAUUUAACUGCAGAUGAUUUAAGCUUGACUGUUCUAGCCCCAUGCUCUAUGACAUCGCUACCAUCUGUGGUAUCUAUGAAUUCCACACCUACUACUCCAUCCAUGAACUCAUUUAUGAGUUUUUCAGAAGGCACGGGAAGAUCAGGAACACUGGACACCGAGGAUGGUGGCAUGACAGACAUGGCAAGAUUGCAAUCUACCUCUUUACCUUUACUCAGGCCAAUUGAAAACAUUACUGGAAUCACACCACUCUCUCUGAAGGAACAGAAUAUCUCUGCUGCUGACAUCAUGGCAGACAGUAGUUCAGCCUGCACACAUUUGUGGUUACAAAGUACCGUGCCACUCGGAUAUGUACCAUCCCAUUCGACAACAACAGUCAGACUUGAGCUACUUCCACUCACAGAUGGAAUAAUAACUCUUGACACACUCCAGAUUGCUGCAAAAGACAGAGGUAUAAUAUAUGUUCCAGAGAAGCCUCUAAAAAUAUUUUCAACAUCCAGUAUUGCAAGUAGCAUCAUCUGAUAAAUUGCUAUCGCAAUUUCAUGCACUUUGUUGCAUUGAUAACUUCCACCCAAAACUCAAGAUGGGCUCCCCCUUAAAUAUGGCUGUAUUACGCAAAGAGCAUAGCAGUUCAUUUUAUGUACACCAUUACUUAAUGUUUCUAGGCUCAAAGUCCAUAGGCUUUCAGUAUAAUAGAGUUACCUUUGCCCAAACAAAUUCAUUUCUUACCUUAUCAGUGUCAACUAUCUCAUUCUUUCAGUGACGUUGCUCACCAUAAAAAAAAUAAAAUCUAAGCAUUGUUUUAGAUUGUCAACGCAUAUGCUUCAGUUGGAUGAGCAUACCGCAUUCUUCAUCAGUGAAUGUAGUUCUUUCCUAAAGAGGACUAAUGUUAUUAUAUAUUCAGUUCAUUUUAGCUUUUCACUUACAAUAGGUGCUUCAUUCAAUCAAGAUGUAACUGUAACUGAAACCACGAAUUCAUUUUUCUCAACGGAUUUUUGAAUAAUUCUUCAUUGUACUAGUAUCCCUUGAUAAUCAAUUUUAUUUAUAUAUUUGGGAUUUAUAGUCUACCA